AGACGCCUAGGACGGGAGGAUGAAGCCGCCUCAGUGCAUAUGCCAGAUCUGCACCUGCGGGCGCCAUCGUUGCCCUCAUAAUCCCACCAGGAUUUAUGACCGUGUAGGGGAGUCGACCCUCAUAACGGAAUACGUGGAGAAAUAUCCUCUCUAUGGCAAUAUCCCUCCUGCCCAGAGCCUCAAGCCCAAGCAUGAGUAUCAGACGCACGGAGGGAAAAUGGAAGGCAUCACAACUUUCAAGUCUGACUACCUUCCAUACGAUGUUGCAAAUCGGCCUGUUCGGGUUCCAGCGGAAUGCAAACCAGUAACUGGAGAGAUGGAUAUGGGAACCACUUACAGAAGAGAUUUUAAUGCUCACAAAAUAAACCCCGUGAUAAUAGUAAAGCCUGUAGAGAGGAAAUACAAUAGAGAAGGCAAAGUGAAUACCAUACCUACUUACCGAGCUGACUAUAGGGCCUGGGAAGUUCAAAGAAGGGAGCCCAACAAAGUGGAGAACGCCUACCAACUUCCCACUGAAAAGUUUGGGAACAGCACAACAUUUCAAGAUGCCUUUUUCCCGAGGGAAAUCUCCCUCCGAAAAAGCUUUAAGCCCACUGUUGUGACCAAGCUUUCAGAUCAGCCUUUUACCAGUGUUACAAGUCAUCGCAGCGAUUACGUUCCUCAUCAGCUGGAGCCACAAUUGAAGGUGUCAAAAGAAGAAUACAAGCCAAAUAGCCAACCCUUUGUAGACACCACAACACACCGCUGUGAUUUCAGAGGGCUUGUUGGCGAACUUCCAAAAAGCUUUAAGCCUGAACCCUCUAAAGUGGAGGUGAAGGCUCAUUUUGAUGGAACCACAGAAUUCCGCGAUCGUUUUCAACCGUGGGCCAUUUCUUUACCUGAAGUUCACAAAGCAAAAGAGUAUGUUCCACCCACAGGCAACAUGGAUAUGAACACCACGAGCCACCUUGCUUAUAUUCCACACGACAUCAAUCCAGCUGUCAUCAUGAGACCAGUAGAAAGGAGCAGGAGAAAUAAUGCCCCCUUUCAAGGGAAUACAACAAUGAGAGAUUCCUUUCAAGCUUGGGAUAUCCAUCGGCCAGAAAUUGUCAAGAAGUCCCAGGAUAUCCCAAAGGCCUCUGGGAAAUUUGAUGGCAUGACAACCUUCAGAGCUCACUAUAGACCACACAACAUAGUCCUGACUCAGAGCUGCAAACCUUCAAAGAUGUCCCUAUCUAGUUCAGCACCUUUUACAGAUGAAACCUUGUACCGUACAGAUUAUACGCCAAAGAAACAAGAGGUCUGCCCAGCAACCUAUCCAUCCCCUCCAGGAUAUGUCUUUGUCAACACUGAUUCUCGUGGUCACAAAUUCUUCCGCAGAGUUUCACCAGACGUCAGUAAGAUUGCUCAUGCAAAUGGUAAUCAUGUUCCAAAAGAAAUAGCAGUUGUAUCCUAACUCCUAAUUCUAAUAGUUUGCACAAAAGUGUUCCGAAAAUUAUCAUGCAGUGGUCAGAAUAUUACAUUAGCUCUAACCAUUCUAAAUAAGCCUACAGAUUAUUAUUAUUUUUGGGAGU